CUCUCCACCUCGCCUUUGGCGCGGGUGAAUUCCAGUUUGACGUUGUCCACCUCGGUCUUGUGCGACAGUUUCAGGCUUUCGAUCUGACAAGCGAUCAAAAAGAAAAAACAGAAAGGCUGACAAAAUGCUUGCGGCGUGUCGUUCCGUUUUUGCGUUGCUGACGGGAUGCCGCUUCAUUUUACUGUAUUGGCCCGAAUGUAAGACGAAACGCAACUGUGUGCCAGCCACCGUUGACAACACGGUGCCGUUGGACUGCUUUGAAGCCCCAGGUGGUGAUGGAACCGCAGCCCACUGGCCCCCGGAGGAACAGAAGCUUCUGGAGGAGGCCCUCAAGACGCAUCCGGUCAUCACACCAGAACACUGGGACAAGAAAGACUGCAUGCAGCGCUACGAGGAAGUGGUGGAGAAGAUCGAAGCCAAGAAAGCUGCUCAAGAGCAAGUGGCAAGCAAGAGUAAAAAUUGACAACACAGAGAGUAUCAUGACUUUUAAUGUGUUGAUCUUUAUUAAAAAAAAAAAACAGGUGUUUUAUGUUGUCAUUUAUA